AUGCCGUCCGCAGGUCCCCCCGUCGAGGACAUGCUGCGCCUGGCUGGCGGCAGCAACCACUGCGAGGGUACGGUGCAGGUGCUGCAGGGGGGCCGCUGGCUGCCCGUGUGCCAGCGGUCCUGGCACACUGCAGCCUCCCAGGAGCUCUGCCACCGCCUGCACUGCGGGGAUACCGAGGAGGACGCCAUGCAGCCGAGCCUGCUGGGGGAAGGGGACAGCACCGAUGGCUGCCCCGUGGUCAUGGCCAACUGCAGCGGCUGGGGGCUGGAGCCGUGCUGGCUGCGCUUGGCCACCGAGCCAGGCUGCUGCGCCGCGGGGCCGGCUCGUGUCACCUGCACGGGUGCCCCAGCACUGCGGCUGGCGGGCGGCCGGAGCCGCUGCGAGGGCCGCGUGGAGCUGCGGCAGGCGGGCGUCUGGGGCACGGUGUGCGACGACGGCUGGGACCUGGCCGACGCCGCGGUGGUGUGCCGGCAGCUGGGCUGCGGCUGGGCCCUGCACGCCCGCGGCGAUGCCUCCUUCGGCAGGGGCAGCGGGCCCAUCUUGCGGGACGAGGUGAGCUGCGGCGGGCACGAGCAGUGGCUCUGGGAGUGCCCGGCCAUGGGCGAGCACGACUGCCAUCACAAAGAGGACGCCGGCGUGGUGUGCUCCGAGCACCAGGAAUGGCGGCUCUCUGGGGGCCGUGACGGCUGCGCGGGGCGCGUGGAGGUGUUUUUCCGUGGGACGUGGAGCACGGUGUGCGACAACUCCUGGUACCAGGUGGAGGCAGCCGUGCUGUGCCACACGCUGGGCUGUGGGGAGCCCCUGGAGAGGCCGUCCUUCCACCACACGCUGCCCACCAAGAUGCUCUACGUGUGCUCGAGCUUGCAGCCCUCGCUGGCGCACUGCCGCUGGACCUACAACAAGUCGGCGCCUUGCCAUCAGUCCCGUGCGGCCGGUGUGGUCUGCAACGGCUCCCAGGGCUUGCAGACACCAGCCCCGACAGUGACGGUGACACCGAGCAGCAUCACGGUGCUCAGCACUGAGGAGGGCUCUGUGGCUGGGGACACGCAGUCCCUCCUGCACGUGCCCCUCUUCAUCCCAUGCCUGGUCCUGGCGGCACUGCUCCUGCUCACCCUGCUGGCCUUCACCAUCGCUCUGCUGAGGCUGAGGAAGAGGAGUGCCCUCACCGUGUGCCCCCCUGGGCCGGUCCUGGUUACCAACAGCACCCAGGGCCCCGACGUGCCCUCUGGGACCUGCAAGAACUACAGGGAGAUGCCCCCCAGCCUCCCCAAGGAACCAGCCCCUUCGCCCGUGACCCUUCCUGCUGCCAAGGGCUCUGACUCCUCUGACUCCGACUACGAACACUACGACUUCAGCAGCAAGCCGCCCGUGGCCCUCUCCACCUUCUACAACUCGCUGCGCAGGCGGCCGGGCGAGCAGCAGCUGGGCGAGCAGCUGCACCCGUUGGUGCCCAACCAGGACGGGAUGGAGCCGUUCCCUGCAGAAGUGCCAGCGACGACGCUGUGUUCCCCACCGUGGGGCAGGGCAAACAGCUUGUCCUCCUCCUCCUCCUCUUCCUCCUCCAUGGAGCCCUACUGCAAUGAGAGCGCACCCCCCCUGCAUGCCUGGCCCUGCCCGCAGCCCCUGGCCUGCAGCCCCCCCCAGCAGGCAGCACCCACAGCCCCUGUGCCCCUGGCCAUGCCCUGCCUGCCCGAUCCAGCGCUCGCCCAGCCCCAGGUACAAGUGCCUCCAGCAGCCACCGACCCUGCAGACAGCUCCAGCACCUCCUCGGGGGAGUGGUAUGAGAACGUGCAGGGCACAGAGCCGCCAGGGUACCCAUCCCCACACCACGGCUGGCCGGCUCCAUCCUGCCCGCCGGCGCAGGAUCCCAACUCCUCUGAGAGCAGCGACUACGAUGACAUCCAGAGCUCUGGCUGCUGA